UCAGCAGGUCGUUAAAAAAGAAAACGUACAACCCGUCGAACGGGUAUCACCUUCUUUUUACUCAUUUCUCUCUUCUAAGUUUCAGUGUCUGGUGUCUGGUCACGCCACAGAACCAGAAAGAAACUCGCUUCGCGCAUCCUUUCUUCUCAGUUUCAGUGUCUCGUCACGCAACAGAACCAGAAAGAAACUUACUUCGCGCACCCUAGUCCGCUAAUGCCAGACGGCGACGACGACAAUGCUGACCCUGAAUAUAUUCAGAUUCUCCAAAACUAUGAGCAAUACGCCCAACACGGGGCAUUAGACCUCGAAGACCAAGAACGAGCCGAAGAAGAAGAAGAGGAGGAAGAAGAAGAGGAAGAUGAGGAAGAAGAAGAUGAAGACCACGGGGAAGACGAAGAAUACGUUCCGGCGGUAGAAUUGCAUGGAGUUUCGCGCAACGGUCCCAUAAUUCACGAGGCAUUGGAAUAUGGGGUCGAAGAAGCGGGGUACAAGCGGAGGAGAACCGGAGGAGGAGAAGCGUGUUCGUCGACUUCGCAGGACAACGAGUGGAGUCGGAGUGAAAUCGACGGCCUAUUUUGCCCUAUUUGCAUGGAGGCUUGGACCGCCGACGGUGGCCAUCAUAUCUGUUGUCUUCCUUGUGGGCACAUAUAUGGCAUGUCUUGCAUCAACAAAUGGCUGAAACAACGAAAAAACUCAGGCAAGUGUCCUCAAUGCAAUAGGAAAUGCACAUUGAAGGAUGUAACUAAGCUUUUUGCAUCACGGGUUGUUGCUGUUGAUGAAGAAUCCCAAAAGCACAUUCGGUCACUCGAGGCUAGGUGUGCUUCUCUCGAGAAGAAGGGUGCUGAUUGGUGUAAGAAAGAAGCUGAAUGGAAAAAAAGAGAAGCCGAGUUGCAUGUGAAGGUUUGCCAACUGUCAGAGAGGAAAAUAUAUUUGGAGAAUUUAUUAAAAGAUAUGCAGAGCAGGCCAUCUGGAGCAGUAAAAGCUGGUGGGAAUCACCAAGGAAGAUCUGUGUUUGGACAAAACUUUGGCUCAGCUUUCUGCGGGCAAGAAUCUUCUAGAAGUUUCAUAUUACAGAAAGAGUUCUGGCUAGAUGGUGCACGCUUAAUUGAUGUAGAUGCUUCUAGCGAAAUUCUAUUAAUUGUGCGAAGGCGGUCUGAGAUGGGUGCAACCUCUGUGCUUACAAAAAUGAGCUUGAUGCCUCCACAUGAAAAAGAAGAUAUUUUUCUUCCUUCAAAUAUGAAAGUUAUUAAGGACCUAUGCAUUUCUCCUUCUAAUGGUAGCCUUGUACUUUUUGCUUCAUUAGGGCAGAAAUUAUCUGUUCUCAGUCUGGAAAGCAACAACAUCAUCCUAGCCUACGAUCUACCGGCUGCUGCUUGGUCAUGUUCAUGGGAUCUCCAGAACUCGAAUUAUAUAUAUGCUGGACUGCAGAAUGGCUCCCUUUUGGUGUUUGAUGUGCGCCAAACUGUUCGGCCUGUUAAUUCCCUGAAGGGGCUGACAUGCAAUCCUGUGCAUACCAUUCAUUCACUUUUACACAGUUCAACUCAUCUGCCAGGUGUUAGAUCUGUCCUAUCUGCUUCGGCAAUUGGCCUGUGUCACUGGAACUUUGGCGGUGCCGAAGAAGGGCCAUUUUUGGUUCCUCAAACGGACAAUCAAGGAGUUUGUAUAUCCCUUGCUUAUUCUCCCAGCAGCGAUGACAUUGUUGCUUCGUAUCGUCCCAAAGUUGAGAUGUCAAAUAUGGCUUUUACUCAACCUUCGCUAACUCCUUCCCAAGUUAUUGGUCAAGGAAUACAAGGCUCCCACAUUUUCUAUAACCGAGUGGGAAGCAACUGCUUUCAAAAGUUGGGUUCUGCAUCUGCCAAUGUAAAUGACAUUCGACUACCAAAAAAAUCUGUGAUUAUAGAUAUGGAAAGCCAAAACCGGUUGUUUGCAUCUGGGGAUGAAGUAACAUGUGAGUUGAUCUUGCAAGAGUUGCCAUCGUUUGCAGUAUUUCAGCAUCUUAAAAUACAAAAGCAGCAUAUUUGUGAUGUGAAAUACACACAUGCCCUGGGUCAAGGUCUACUCAGUUGUUUAGACGAGGAUAGAUUGCAAAUUUUCUGCAUGAAGCUCUCAUGAGAAAGGUUUUCGAACUUCCUUUCUGAACUUGUUAAGAGUUUAUGGUGCGUUUGGAUGCAUUCAUGGAUUUGAGCAUGAGGAGUUCUUAACAAGCUGGUGAGGAGCUUCUGGUGGGGCCAUUAAUCACAGGAACACAAAAUACACUAGAUCCAUUGGAAUCAACUGAAAAAAGUAAAGAGCCAAAGAGGCCUGGGACUAAGGGCUUUUUCCAACUUCAACUUAGCUCUUCUAGCCAAACCAGGCUGGAGAAUUGUCAUCAACCCAGACUCCCUUGUUGCAUAGGUUCUUAAGGAAAAAUACUUCAAUAACAGUUCCUUCGUCUCCACUAAGUUAGGCCAGAAUUCUUCUUAUCUUUGGCAAAGCUUCCUAGCAGUGAGAUCUCUGCUCAAAGAAGGUUUGAUCUGGAGAAUUGGAGAUGGAGCUUCUACUGAGAUUUGGAAUGACAGAUGGCUCCCAAGGCAAUCGAUCUUCAAAUCCCCCAACUCAAUUAGGUUCUUGCAGGUUGACACCAAAGUCUCUUAUCUCAUUAAUGAAACUACUAAACAAUAGAAGAGAGACCUGGUCUAUGCCAUGUUCUCAAAGGAAGAAGCUGAUUGUAUCAAUGCCAUACCCCUUAGUUCAUACCCCAAACCAGACAGAAGAAUUUGGAGAUGCACCACCUCUGGAGAUUUCAGUGUCAAAAGUGCCUACCAUCCACUAACUGAGAUGCACAACCUCAAGUUCAUCUCAGCCCCUUUGGACCAAAGUUUGGAACCUGAACAUCCCAAAUGCCACCAAAACCUUCAUCUGGAGGGCCUGCCUUAAUGGAUUUCCUACCCGAGACAACCUACUGAAAAGAAAUGGCAUAGAGGAUCCUGCCUGUCCAAUCUGUAGUCUACAACCAGAGACUGUAGGGCACAUCCUAUGGAACUGCCCUUCAGCUAGGGACAUGUGGGUACUAAGCACAAGGAAGCUUCAGAAAGCUAGCCCUCUUUUCCAUCACUUCCAAGAACUAGUAGAAGGCUUCAUAGAGAAUUUGGCCCCAGAGGAACUGAAACUAUUUGCUGUUACCUCGUGGUUCAUAUGGAAGAGGAGAAAUGAUAUGGUGUUUAAGGAAAUCUUCCAACACCCUUCUAAGGUGUCCCAGCAAUCAUCUUAUCUAAUUGAGGAAUUUCAGUAGAUACCUUAGUAAGGAAAGACUCAGAUAACCUCCAGUUAGCAUCAUACACUUUGGGAAGCACCACCCCAAGGUAAAAUUAAACUGAAUUGGGAUGCAUUACUCUCUAAAUCCACCUGCAAAGUGGGAGUGGGAGUAGUCAUAAGGGACUAAUCAUAAGGGAUUGGGAGGGAAAAGUUUUGGCCACUCAGAAUGCAGCAUGAUCUAUUCCCUGAUCCCCUCAUGGUAGAAGCAUAUGCAGGAUUCCAAGCCUCCUUAUUUUGCAAGGCAAUUGGUUAUAGAGACAUCAUCAUAGAAGGGGAUUCACUACAGGUUGUGUCAGGCCUCAACUCAUCAACUGAAGUCCAAACCUACACAGGCCAGCUCAUUGCAGACACAAGAUCAACCCUUAAUUCUUUUUCCACUUGGUCAGCAAGGCACACUGUGAGAGCAAAUAAUUCUGUUGCUCAUGCCUUAAGUAAGGAUGCGUUAAGCAUCAAUAGUUACACCACAUCUUUUGAUUUCAUUCCCCACUGUAUUAAAGACUUGAUUUAAGCAUUGUCAAUAUAGUCUUUGUUUCAAAAAAGUUUAUUGUUUGAAUCAUAUUUAAAACUUGGAUUUGGGUUUGCACCAAAGUCGUACAAAAUUUAACUUUUUCAAAAUCUUAGAUAGACUCUGUUUGGAUA